CCAAAACCACCUCGAAACCACUAACCUCACAGCAGUCAACCGAGUUCUCAGCGCACAACAACCGCCACCAUGAGAACUUACGACGACUCUUUCUCCGGUCAGAGGAUCUACCCUGGCAAGGGUAAGCUCUACGUCCGAGGCGACAGCAAAGUCUUCCGAUUCCAGAACGGCAAGUCCGAGUCGCUCUUCUUACAGCGAAAGAACCCCCGCCGAAUCUCAUGGACCGUUCUCUACCGACGACAACACCGCAAGGGUGUCUCACAGGAAGUCACCAAGAAGCGCACGCGCCGCACCGUCAAGGCCCAGCGACCCAUCGUCGGUGCUCCCCUCGAAGUGAUCAAGGAGAAGCGAUCGAUGCGACCCGAGGCCCGCUCCGCCGCCCGCGCCCAAGCCAUCAAGGAGUCCAAGGAGAAGAAGCAGGAGGCCGCCGCCGCCAAGAAGUCGGAGAAGGCCAAGAAGGCUACCACCGCCGCCAAGGGCCAGACCCAGCGCAUCGUCGGCAAGCAGAGUGCCCGCGGCGCCCAGACCAAGAUCCAGGCCAACACCCGCUAAGCCAGCCAGCCCCCUGUCUGUCUGUCAAAGUCGAGUUGGGGUCAUGGGGUUUUGGUUCGGGGGUUGUUAGGUCAAUCUUCUGGCGAGGAUUCCUAGGGUGAAGGGUUUUUUAACGUAGUGGUACGAGGACAAAAAGAGAGAAAGGGGUGAUGAUGAUACGGCAUAGCAUCUCUAGUGUUGUUGUAGUAAGCCCUCUUGCGUCCGGCGGCGUCUUGGGUGGGAAACAGUUUUCUUCCUCGAUUGCGAAUAAAGAGAAAACCUUCACGUAGCACACACACACAUAUGUAUUCGGUUGGGGGGGAAUGCAUAGAAUCUCUCAUGGUUAAUAUGGUCAUGGGAAUUCUAAACCUGGUAGCUUCAUAAUACCAGCUCGUUCUACGGUCUGAAUUCGUACAUCUCGCGGUCCCCUUUUUGCCAUGUGAAACGAGAUAUUUUGUUACUGAAUUUCAAGUCCAAGUACCCGAGUGCGCAUCUAUCAAAUACCUAUCUUAUGAAAUAACACACACCAAAAACAUGCAUUAUUC